AAUUCACAAUUUAGCGAAGUUAGCCAGUGUCAUGGAGAGGCGAAUAAUGCUGGUUAUGAAAUUGAUACCGAACACCGAGCCAUAUGAUUGAAAUGUGCGGAAGUUUCCACUUGUCGUUUCAAUUAGACAAGUGUAUCUGAGGGCCCUACAAAGCCGUCAACAGCACGCAACAUUGCCACAGUCGUGCCACAGCCAACGGCAACGUCAAAUCGUUGCCAAUUUUGUUAAGAGUUAGCCAAACAAAAAAAAAAAAAAAAAACAUUUAAUUGAAUUGAAUUCACAGUUAAGCCUUGUUGGAGAACAUGACGCUGGAACAGGAGCAAUUGAUGCCGCCGCCAUUGGCUUUUCAGCCUGGUAUGGCCAUCAUUUGCAAGGACAUGGAUAAGACACAGCUGGAGAGCAACAACAACAACAACAACAACAGCAAACAGAACAAACAUAAAUCACAUAAACACAAAGAGGACAGUCUACCGCUAGGUGAACGCCAUUUGGCGGUACUGCGCCAGGAGCUGAUGGUACUGCUAGGCAACAGUGGUGUCCUGGGAUCCGGCAUGGUCGUCAGCAUGCCAUCGGUGACCCUCAAUCUAUUGACAGAUCCCACGCAACGCUUCUGGAUGAACAAGGAUGAGGCUAGCUGGUUUGCUUCAUUCCAGAACAUGGCCUGUCCGAUAGGUGGACUGUUGGUUAGCUUCUUCCUGGAUCGCAUUGGACGCAGAUACACAAUAUUAUUGACAAAUCUGAUAGGUCUAAUUGGCUGGCUGCUGCUGGCGACAAGUUUUCUGCACGAGAAUCGAGAUUAUAUAUAUGCCCAGAUGCUGGUGGGACGUGCCUUUGGUGGCAUGAUGAUUGGCAUGUUUGUCUCCCCCGUUGGCGUCUAUUCCGCGGAGAUAAGCUUACCCCGGAUACGGGGAAGACUGAUAUUGGGCACCUCCAUAGGCUUGGCCUCCGGCAUUCUUCUCAUGUAUGUGCUGGGCUACUUUAUACGGCACAAUUUUGUGCUUAUAGCGAGCAUUAGCUGUGCCUAUCAACUGGCGGCCACGUUGAUGGUGUUGCCCAUGCCAGAGUCACCCAGUUGGUUGCUCCAAAAGGGACAGAACGAGCGGGCGCGAAGAUCCCUGCGCUACUUCCGUGGACUGCGACGAAAAGGUGACGACAUUGUGCCGGAGUUUGAGGAGGAGUUGACGCAGAUGAAGAUGACGGCGGACAACAGUCGCGAUACGGCGGCCAGUGAGUCCAUUGGCCAGGCCAUCAGACGUCCCGAGGUGUACAAGCCGCUGCUGAUGAUGAUUGGCUUCUUUGGCUUCCAGCAGGCGUGUGGCGUUGUGGUCAUCAUUGUGUAUGCGGUGCAGAUUGCUCAGACAGCUGGUGUCACCAUCGAUCCGGUGCUCGUUGCCGUCAUGCUGGGCGUGGCACGCAUCAUUACCACCUUCUUUAUGAGCAGCAUUUUCGAGAAAUGGGGCAGAAGACCGUCGGGGAUUUUCUCAGCCACCGGCAUGGGAUUCUGUAUGCUGCUUCUGGCCGCUGGUGGUUGGUUUCCCGCCACAGUGGGCACCUUGUCCUGGCUGCCAGUUGUGUGCAUUGUGUCGCAUAUUGUCUUCUCCACAAUGGGCAUGCUGACGCUGCCGUUCAUCAUGAUUUCGGAGGUGUUUCCGCAGAGUGUGCGCGGCAGUGCAUCUGGAAUUUCUGUAUUCUUUGGCAUGAUCUUGGCCUUUGUCAUGCUCAAGAUCUAUCCCAAUAUGGAGGCCUGGCUGGGAGUGGCCAAUCUGUUUGCCUUCUAUGCCAUUGUCUCGUUUCUGGCCGCCGUCUUCAUCUACAGCUUUGUGCCGGAGACACGAGGACGCACUCUGGUCGAGAUCGAGGAACAUUGGCGCAUGGGCAGACGGGGCAGAAGAGAGGCUCGAGCUUCGGCUUCGGCUUCGGCUGCAGUUCCCACUCAUUUAAAGGAUGUCGAGCUGCAUGAGAUGUUCCUCAAGAAGUAAUCGUAGCGAGCAGCUUUUGAGAGAAUGCUAUCUGUGAUGUCUUAAGUACUUACCAUAUUUAGCCCUGCCCAAAUGGCAAAUAAUCCAAUAAACAAAUCUUUAAUAAAUAACUAAAUAAAUUCAAAAAGUA